UUGUUCAUUAAGAUGUUCUUUCAAAGAAGACACGGAGUAUUUUGUGAUGUGUUAUCCCCAUUGCGCUAUUAUUCCAAUCGGUAUUCGGUAUUACUCGACGACCGCUUGCUUUUGACUAGCGUAAAGCGUCGCUAUUGCGGAUGCGAGUGUUUUUGUUAUUCGUGAUAUAAAAUAUCGUCAAAUCGAACUUAAACUCCGUGAAAAAUGUCCAAAAGUGAAAAUAAUUACUAAAGUAAUAAUCUUUAUGUUAGGAUGCGGUCACUGCGACUGUUUCGCUGUAGGCCGUUUUCAAAGCGCUGUUUAGCACUUCUUCUUCUGCUGCUGGCGUUUGGCGUGUACUGCUACUACUACUCGGUGACACCUGCAUCGUACCCAAAACCAAGUAAUAACAUCAACAGUCAGGAAGUUACGGCCCUAUCGGUAUCGCAGCGUGGCGGAAAUCGGAACAAGGCGAAACUGGAUCAAUGUCCGGUCAUCAGGCAGAGCUACGCGGAAAUCGACACCACAUCAAUUUUCUCCUUGUUUGACUUUCAGCCGAGUUGGCUUCGCACGAAGGAAUUCUGGGACAGGUCAUUUGAAGAUCGUUAUGAAAAAAUUAAAAACGACAGUCGACGACCAAGGCUAAAGGUUAUUGUGGUUCCACAUUCUCACAAUGAUCCCGGCUGGCUCAAGACCUUCGAACAAUACUUUGAAUGGAAAACGAAGAACAUUAUAAACAACAUAGUCACGAAACUCAAUCAGUUCCCCAACAUGACAUUCAUAUGGACGGAAAUAUCGUUCCUGAACGCCUGGUGGGAGCGCUCGCAUCCCGUAAAACAAAAGGCCCUCAAGAGACUGGUUAAGGAAGGUCGCUUAGAAAUUACAACAGGCGGUUGGGUGAUGCCUGAUGAGGCUUGUACACAUAUCUAUGCGCUUGUUGACCAAUUUAUUGAAGGUCACGUUUGGGUAAAAGCAAAUCUUGGUGUUGCUCCUAAAAUAGGGUGGUCUAUUGAUCCUUUCGGACACGGGGCUACAGUGCCGUACUUACUUGACAAAAGUGGUCUCGAAGGCGCCAUUAUACAAAGAAUUCAUUACGCAUGGAAAGAGUGGUUCGCACAACAUCAAAUUGAGGAGUUUCUUUGGAUGCCAACUUUUGACUCUGAAACCCCAACACUCUUAGUACACAACCAGCCCUUCGAUAUUUACUCUAUAAAAAGCACAUGUGGACCGCACCCCGCCAUUUGUAUCAGUUUCGACUUCAGAAAAAUACCUGGAGAAUACUCCGAAUACACCGCGAAACACGAAGUCAUAACGGAAAACAACCUCCAGAGCAAAUCCAAAACACUGAUGGAGGAAUACGAUCGCAUUGGAUCCCUAACGACUCAUAAUGUGGUACUCGUUCCUUUAGGAGAUGACUUCAGAUAUGAAUAUGGCAUCGAGUUUGAUGCCCAGUAUGUUAACUACAUGAAAAUGUUCAAUUACAUAAAUAAACACACUGAGUUAUUCGACGCGGAGGUUUCAUUUGGAACACCCCUUGACUACUUUAAAGCUGUGAAAGAAAGACUCGACAGUUUCCCCACACUGAGAGGGGAUUUCUUCGUCUACUCGGACAUAUUCAGCGAAGGCAAACCGGCCUAUUGGUCCGGUUAUUAUACAACAAGGCCUUAUAUCAAAAUUGUGGCACGACAAUUUGAACAUCACCUGAGAACCGCUGAAAUAUUAUUCACUCUCGCAUCAAAUUUCUUACGACAAUCGAACAAGCACAUGUUUGAAUCGUCUGAAAGGAAACUGGAAAAGUUUUACGAGCAAUUGAUAACGGCUCGUCGGAAUUUGGGAUUAUUUCAACAUCACGACGCCAUCACCGGCACUUCAAAGGCAAGUGUUAUGUAUGACUAUGGAACCAAGAUAUUUACAAGUCUGUAUCACUGCAUUCGUUUGCAAGAGGCCGCUUUGACUACCCUCAUGAUUCCUGAUAGCAAUUUACACACACAAAGUGUACUGCAAAGCGAAUUAGAGUGGGAAACUUAUGGAAAGCUGCCCAGAAAACUACUGGUGUCUACAAUCGAUAAGAAGAAGGUUAUUGUUUUUAAUUCUCUCGCUCAAAAGCGCACCGAGGUUUUAACCUUGAGAUCAAAUACUUCUAAUGUCCGCGUUUAUGAUACGUCGAAUAAGAAAUACGUUCCAAGCCAAGUGACACCGAACAUACAGGCCCACGAAGACGCGAAAUUCAGCAUCAGUGACACCAAUUUUGAUAUUGUAUUCGUGGCUACCGUAGGACCAUUCAGUGCUGUAACAUAUAAUCUCGAGGAAUACACAAAUCAUUCGCAACGUUGCGUGGUGUUUUGUAACAAUUGUACCGAAGACAAAUCAGACCCAGAAAAGCCUAACAACUUUGUAAUAAAGAAAAUGAUGCCCGGCGACAUUCAGCUGGAAAAUAAAAUUAUGAAACUUCUGGUUGAUAGGAACACCGGCUUCUUGAGGCAAGUGUAUCGAAAGGACAUUCGCAAGAAGAACAUUAUUGAUAUCCAAUUUGGCGCUUAUCAAAGCGCACAAAGGCAUUCAGGAGCUUAUUUAUUUAUGCCGGAUUACGAGUCUCCAGAAAAAGACGUGUUGUCACAGUAUAGUAAAGGAAACGUUAUGGACGAAGGAAACGUGGUCAUCGUUUCUGGGCCCGUUUCCACCGAAAUCACAACCAUCUACUUACCCUUCCUCGUUCACACGCUGAGGAUCUUCAACGUAGAUGACCCGGCGCUAUCUCACGGUAUAUUCGUAGAAAACAUUGUCGACUUCGAAAAUCCUCCAAAGAACAGGGAGACUGAGUUAUUUAUGCGAAUCCAAACCAAUAUUCAAAAUGGCGAAACACCUGAAUUCUACACGGACCAAAAUGGUUUCCAGUAUCAAAGGAGAGUAAAAAUGGAUAAAUUAGGUAUAGAAGCUAAUUACUACCCGAUUACAACGAUGGCAUGGAUACAGGAUGAUAUAACUCGGCUCACGCUGAUAACGAACCACGCACAAGGAGCGGCCGCCUAUGAGCCAGGUCGGCUGGAAGUAAUGUUGGAUCGCAGAACACUCUAUGAUGACUUCCGAGGUGUCGGCGAAGGCGUCGUCGAUAACAAACCAACUGUUUUUUCCAAUUGGCUCCUACUUGAACCAAUUACUAGCGAUCGUCCUAAAAGGGAGACUGUAUCACGCAAACAUAAGAAAAAAAUUAAGAGAAACAAACCGACCAAAUACGAGCUACCCUCGCGCACUGCAGAAUAUUUAAGCAGAACCCUCAGUUAUCCUGUGAACGCUUAUGUGGUUGACACCAGCGAAGUUGGCGAUAUCGAGGUCAAGGAGCAGCAAGGGUUUCUUGAAGAGUUCCCGCCGGGAGUGCACGUGUUGGCUCUGCGAACGAUCACAGAUGAAGUGUUAGAACAGUUCCCCAGUAGUUCAUGCUUCAUGGUACUACAGAGGCCCGGCUGGAGCUGCGAUAUCGAAGUUCCAAUGGCGAUGCCUAGCGCGAACUUUACAUCCAAAACAAAAUUCAAGGGUCUUGCCGUACAAAGCUUGUCUUCAGUCAGUUUGACCGGUCUCAAGACUUACAAAAAUCUAACCGGCUUAGAGGAAAUAUCUCUGAAACCGAUGGAGAUUAAGACAUAUCGUAUUAGAUUUUAGAGACUAUUUACAUAAUAGGUUAUUUACCGCUAUUAUUAUGGGUCGUGAAGAAGAGCUAGUGGAGAAGUAUACAAUUAUAAUGUUUAAAUAAUAAUUAUAAUAUAACACUCUAGUAUAUCGUCGUUCUGUAGUCGCUUUUUAUAGUGACACGCCAUCUUACGAUUGUUAGGUGUACUACGUCUAGAACCUAACCUAUUUCACAAUGGGGGUUACAAUUUAUACAGAAAAGUACGAAAAUAAGGCUGCCUCAGCCGCGACCCCUAUUGCGCUGUGAUUAUGAAAUAUUAAAUGAAUCUGCACUCUUGCUAAGAUAAUAUUUUAAACUUAUUAUUCAUUACGGGUAUUCUAUCUCAGUAUGUCCAGUCAUUAAGUUACUUGCGCUGUUUAAAAAAAUAUUAAAUUGUUACCUGUUUAGUAAAUGUUCCGUAAAUAUCAACGCCAUAUUGUAAUAAUAAACUUGACCUUGAUUACUUUACUUAAACCGAUGCCAUUUUUAUAUUAGGUCUCAAAUUCUCAAAUUAAAAUUUGUACUUGUUAUAACACACUACCUAAACAGCGUAUGUUUCUUAAUAAACUUAAAAUAUAGUUAAAUUUUAAAACUACCUCUGGACCAAAUAAAAGAUCUUUAGAAUCCCAGAUUCAAAAUUAUUUUAAAAUAAUUUAUUCAUAGUCAGUAGAAUCUCUUUUCAGUCAUCUGAAAUACGAAGCAUAAUAAUAAUAAUUUAAUUAUUUAAAAUAAUGAGCGAUUCAUAGCAUUUAUUACUUUUAAUAAUAAUUAUAUUUUAUUAACAACAUUCACAUGGUACAUAUUCAGAUUUUAGUUUUUAAUAAUAAUUUUAAAUUUCAUUAUUUCUAUUAAAUUUACAUCAAUUGUUGUAAAAAUAUUUUCAAAUUAACCUAUACAAUAUUAGUGUUAUAUUUAUCAAUAAUCAACCUAUACAGUGCAUAAACUAUAUUUAAUCACAAUUAGUGAACCUGGUAUAUUUAAUUAUUAAGAACUACUAACACUAUUAAAAAUGGAUAAAAAAUUAAAUUAUGCUAAGUGGUGUCUAAAUAUUAAUCAUGAAAAUUAACUAAAUAUUAAUCAUAAUACCUCUUAUUCAUAAUAGUCUGUUAACUUAGAGCAUUGCUAAUUCUCGCUCUGUUUUCUAUUGACCUAAGUUAGAAUGAGAAAAAACACUCCUUAGCAACUGUUUUAAGUUAGCGGACCAUUAUGAAUAAGGAGGAAUAUAUUUACUUGGUGUAUAGUUAGUUACAUAUAAUAACAAAAUAACACUGAAUUCCUAAUAGGACAUAGAAUGUGAUGUACAAUUUUCUUUACAUUGUAAGCUAUGGUUAUUUAAUAGAUACAUUUAUAUUUAUUUAAAUUGUAUACAUAAUUAUAAAGUUAAGUUUAAGUUCAACGCUUUGAGUUCAAUUUUUGAAUUAUCUAUUGAUUAAAUAUUGCCAUUAUACCAAAUAUUAUUUCAAUUUUAUAACUUUUGUGAUAGACAAUUAUUAUUGUCAUAUAAUUUUGUUAGCGCUUCGCAACAUUAUGCUUGUUUUGUACAUAUUGUAUAAAUAUUUUAGGCAACCAAUAAACACAGUAUUUUUGGUUGCAAUAAGUAUGAUUUAUAGCAAUAAGAUGCCCGUUUACAAUUUGUUAUGAUAAUUGUUCUAUCGAUGUAAUAAAAUCGUCAAAAUUUGGAAGCAAA